AUGCAAUAUGACAGAGAGAGUGGCCAGGUGUAUACCGAGCAGGUGAUUCGAGUCGCGCCUUCAGCCUCCAAACUGAGAGGAUCUUCAUGGGUUCACGAAUCUCCCUUACUCCCCAAAGGAUGGGAGGCACAUAGCCAGACUGGCGCCCAUUCCCUGAAACAUAUGGCCAUGAGGGCCGUUUUGGCUGACCAACGCACUCUGACCCCUUUGCACUUUGAAGAUGUCCCUUGGUCGACCGCGAAGUAUCUUUGGGAAUGUGUGAGUCGAAGCAAACGCACAAGUCUAUACUUGUGGAAAAUCUUUGCGGCAGCUUACACUAAGGAAUUCAACAAGGUAGCUCAUCGCUAUUCAUUGAAACCAAGUUCUAAGGAGAUGCCAAUUAGCGAUUACUUAAAACUUAUAUCUUCUAAGAACCUGGACUGGGCGGCUGUCUUGAGCGUAUCUGCCGAGUUUUUUGAGCCUAAUGAGUUGCUUGAUAUCGCCAAUGUUACCAAUUUAACUGCCCUAGAAAUCCGAUCACAACCAAGACGGACCGAGUUUGAGUAUGAACCUAUCACUACGAUAUCGGACCGCGUCAUCAGGGGUUGGAGUGAGAUGGCACUCGCAGGUAGCGCCUUUGGACAGCUUCGCAUUUUAGUUCUCCGGCUUCAGCCUGGGAUCUCAGAGCACAUUUUUGCCUAUCUUGAUGCAUUUAGAUCACUCACCACGUUCAUUAUGCAAGGCUGCUCGAAGCUUUAUCGCAAAGAAGCGAGAGAGCUGGCGGCGAAGCAUGGCUGGGAGUCUUACACAGUCCACUUUUCAGACUGUAGUCUUUAUAGGAUUAUAAUGAAACUGGGUAGCGAGUUAGAGCCAAAAUCACAAGAUAAUACCUUGAUGAUCAACGCCUCGCCCGUGGUGGAAUUUUCUCUCUUCCGGCGGAACCUAAAGCCUCUAGACGAGCAAGAGGAAAUCAUUUUCAAGAGGAAAGCCACACGCCAGGGUCGUCCAGGUCCAGGGAAGCGGAAGAAUUACUCCAACGUGGCUAUAGAGGCAGCUAAAACGGACAAACGAGUUAAACCUGUCCUGAGAGAGAACCGUAGGGAGGAUAUGCAUGGCCUCCUUGCACAGUUUACUAGCGUAUACCCUGAUACACCAUUCCAUUUUGAUUCCCUAUACUCCGUACUCGUCGAGUUUCUGCCGUUUACCCGAGUAUUCCCUGUCAAAACUACUCCUCCUGGCGCCGCUCUCAAACACCCGGAUGAGCUCAAAAUGAGCGACAAGAACACCCAACCGGCGACGGGGGAAGCAGGUCAAGAACCUCUGGGCUCGCCUCGAUUGAGCUCAGAUUCACGGUCAUCGUCCUCUCGAAGCUCGUCUCUGCGUCGGGACCCGCCAUCUAACGCGACGCCUGCCAAAUUAUCCCAUCGCCAGAGUCUCGGUGAAUCUCUUCGAGGCGUUCCAUCCUCGCCACGAGCCCGCCGGCAGCCCUCAUUCACACAAGCCGCAGUUCAGAGCCUGAUAGAUAAUCCGCCGUCGCAUGCGGCUGCUGAUCCGGCGUUCUCCGGCCGAGAUUGGACUCAGAUUUCAAUUGGUGAAUUGGUACAACCGGUGGAUCUAAAAUUCGUGGACGCAGAUACAGCAAUCGAAGAUGCUACAAAUCUUCUCAUCGAUUCCAGUGCUCAUUCCCUACUGAUUCGGGAGUCACCGGGUUCUUCAACUGCUGUUGGCACAUUUGGUUAUGCCGAUCUCAAUGCAUACCUCCUCCUUGUGGUGGGCUUGAUACAGCCAAGCGAAGAAGAACAAGUUGCAUCUCUACGUGAGUUGGCCAGGAGAGCCAGAGAAGGAGAGAAGAUCCCCCUCAAGGAUGUGAAAGGCCUUGGAAUGCAAGAACCCCUCACCACCCUGCCAGAGUCGACCAAUUUGAUGACGGCUGUGGAAACGUUUGGAGGGGGUGUCCAUCGCAUUAUUGUUGUGAAAGAGGGCACUACCGAGAUAAUUGGAGUAUUCACUCAAUGGAAACUGGUCAAGUUCCUGUGGGAGAACGGGCGCAGCUUUCCAGUUAUUGAACAACUCUAUCCUCAGCAUCUACGAGAGCUACGGCUGGGAUCUCACUGCGUGAUAUCAAUUAAUGGGGACCGGCCACUCUGCCAUGCAUUAGAACUGAUGAAUAACGAGGGCGUCUCCUCCCUUGCCGUGGUUGAUAAUCAGUGGAAUGUUGUUGGCAAUAUAUCUGUGGUUGAUGUUAAGUUAUUGACGAAAUCCACAUCACUUCCACUGCUUCAUAAUACAUGCAUCCACUUCAUCUCCGUUAUCCUAUCAACCCGGGGCAUAAUUGAGGGGCAAGAUUCAUUCCCAGUCUUCCAUAUCAACCCACAAUCUACCCUAGCCCAUACUGUUGCUAAGCUUGUUGCAACUCGGUCUCACAGAAUGUGGGUUACUGAUCCUCACUCACCUGCAUCAUCUGCGCCCUCUACCCCGUCACAUUCAUCAGCCAAUGUCCAGCUUGGAUCAUCCAAUCAGUCUAGCAGCAUAGCCGGACCGGCCGUUGGUAGUACAGGCGCUCAGCUACCUUCACCCUCAUCUGCCAACUUUGCCCCUGGCAUCCAUGGCAAUAACACGCAUCAAAACGGGAAUACUCGUCUAACCACCAAUCCCAUUUCGCCCUUCCAACACCCAAAAACAGCAUCUUCGGCGUCUUACUCCUUCAGUUCUUCCCCUCCCACAUUCACUGCAUCCAUAUCUACGUCAAUUCCGGCCUCGGCACUUCCGGGGGCUAGUUUAUCUGGCCGCCUUGUCGGGGUGGUAAGCUUGACUGACAUACUUAACCUCUAUGCAAGAGCCAGCGGUUUGUAUCCCACCGACCCAAAUGCUAAUCGCACACGACGACGCCGUAGUAGCAGCUCGAGUCUUGGCUUUAGGAGAAGUGGAGAGCUCGCGAGGGAGAUCUGGAACCGUCCGUGA